AGGUCUUCAUGUCCAAGCUCCACGCUGUUGCCUCCAUUGCGCGCCAAAUCAACCACCCCUCUCUUCCCUUUCCAUUUUCCCUUUCUUUCAAUUUUAUCCUCAUAUUUCUCCAUGCCGAAGCAUCCUCUGGAUCUUCUCACGCAUUCUGUUCCAAUGUCUUGUGAUUUCUUGUUGGUGGACAUCCAGUCUUCAUCCACGAGCUGAGUAUUCUCCUUCAUCUUUAUUUACCAUUGCUCAGAUUGAUCGAGAUUCGGUUCUUGAAUGAUUUUGUAUGAUUUAUGAUCAGAAUGUCGCGGACGUUGACGCCUCGGAGCUCUGCUUAUCUUAGCGCUUUGUCCCUGCAGAUUGAGAAGAAACUGCAGCGGACACACCACCUAAAGAAACUGCUCCCAUUUUAAUCUAAAGUAAAAAGCGGAAAAUUUAAUCACCAAGCUCGAGAAGGGAGUCAAAUUUCCAACUACGACUUUUAAAAUCCAGGGAAACUCUCAGGUCUUCUACACCAUUCUCUUUGAGAAAUGGGCGAGAGAUUUUCACCGAGAGAUUAAGUCUUGCUUAUGCUCCUGGAUGUUCCUUCAAAUCCAUACCACAUCGAGCAUGAAUAGACCUACUGAUGCACUUUCUAGAGUUGUCUCUUUGGCUCAACAGGGUUGCUAUCCAUGGUUGAAAAUCUUUUAGUAGACCAGAUUCUUAGCUUCUGUAUUUUGCAGCACGGUUGGGGGUUAUUUAUAUGAAGAUUGCAUGAGAGUAAUAUUGGCGGCAAGAUGCGUAGAGGCUAGUGUAAGAAUGUUUUGGCAACAAAAUAAUAACUUUGUCCCCAGCUGGCUCCCUCUUAACUACUUCCAUCCCUGCUAAAUUUGGGAAAACAUAAGGUGGUGGAUAGAUUAAGGAAAUCCACUCAUUUCAUACAAUCAUAACUCCCUUUAUUUCCUAAGGUGGUGGCUCUCUUUUGAAAUCAUGUCUUACUCUGGAACUUUGCUAGAUCCAUUACAUCUGAGUGUAACAAAGUUUCCGUGGGUCAUAUUUGGGUGUAGUUGUUUGGUUACAAGACACAUCCCUCCUUGGAAGUAUGACACAUUACCAUAAAUGGAUGAUCAAUCUGAAGUCAACUGCGCUGUUUCUGCUAUGACAAACUGAAUGGUGACAUUUUUGGUUGGUAUGCUGUAAUAUCAAAAUUAAUUUCUCUAUUGAAAGUAUGUGGAUGAGCACCACCUUCCUCAGUUGUACAGUUUAGACAAUUGGUAAGCACUAAUUCGGUAUAAGGUCAACUAAUUAAGAUUGACACCAUGCUUUUUUGUGAACUUGAGGCUUAUUUAUUACGGGGCAUAGUUUCAGAUGAAGCACGUUGUGGUCAGUAAACCUAGAGAGAUUGAAUCCACAUGAUUUGGUUUAUUUGAAACUUCUGCCAUAUAUAUUGUUCUCCUUAGCUCAAAGGGUGAAUAAAAUUUUUCUCGAAGAGGUUUUUGUCCUUAUCGGCUGCUCGUAUGAAUAUAUAAAAUGCUUAUUGGCUUACCAGCGAAGUACACCACUGGACAUUUUUGUCCAACAAUUGAUGGGUUCCCUGGAUUCCGACUCAGAAUGAAACCUUGAGACAAAUCAUGUAUUGGGAAUGCGGGAAUGCGACAUACUGAAGAAGAGGCCCACAUUCAAUGGAAAGGCUUAGUGGACUUGGCAUUAGCUUCUUCAUCACAGAGGCGAGACGUACUGCAAGAAUUGUUUGCUGACAUAGCAUUAGAAGUCGAUGACCGAGCCAAAGAAAUAAUUCUCAGCACAGAGGAAGAUGCGAUUGCACCUGUGGAGCAUGGAAUGGAUAAUCCAUUAUGCUUUUACGAUGUUCUUGCUGAUUAUUAUGUUCAGGUGCCAGAAGGCGGGAAACCAAUCCUUGAUUUGAUUGUCAAACUGUGGAGCCAAUCAUUUACAUGUCAUAUUUUCACCCUCUUAUUCCACAAAUGGCUCUUUGAAAUUGAAAUUGAAAAUUCUGAUGAAGCCCACCUCCGUAAUUCAUCUGCUCUUGUUCAAGGUGCCACAAAUAUCUUCUGGCUUGAUAUUCAGGCGAACACUAGUCGAUUUAAAUCUCUCUUUCAUUAUCUUCUUGGAGAAGUUGCAUUUCGACCUGCCAGAUUGAACAAAAUCCCCAUACAGGUUCAAAGAGAUCUUUUUCUUUUACUUUCAAGGUUCUUAAUUUUCUAUGAUUCAGAUGAUAAGCUUAAAAGUUUUUUAAAGCAAUUUCCUCCUUUCCCAAAUGCCAUACUGAUAGGUGGUCCAGCUGACUUGUUUGUGAUUGAACUUACUGAUCAGAUUCAAAAGCUGAAGGUGGAACCUGUACUGCUGCAUUAUUUUUCACACCUGAUUGUUCUCCAAGGUUUGGAACUCAGAAUGACCACAAGUACAAGGCUAAAAACUUGUUUGUAUAGCUUCACCCCUCCGGGUGGCCCCAUGUAUCCUACCAGAGCUGUUCGACACGCUGCAUGGGAUGCUCUAGAUUUCCUAUUUCCAGUUGGACGAUAUCCUAGGCAUCUUAUAAGCCUAUUUUUCAGAUUAUUGUACCCAUGGUACUGGCCUUCAUCUUGUUGGAACUUUGUAUUAUCAUGUAUAAGGACAGUAUUUCAUUCCUUGUUUCGGUUCGUCUUUUCGAGAUAUGAGAAUCCUAAACAGCACAAAUAAUUAGUUUGUAUAUGUACACAAAAGACAUUUUUUACCCUCAUGCCAUGCUGUCGUCCCUCGUUUUUUCUGGGGGCUGUGUGUAUGUAUCUUUUACUGAUUCAAACCCGUCUUGUGUUGACUAUCAUUGAUAAGUGUCCCAGAGGAAACAAGAAAAGAAAGAACAUAUAUUUGAUUGAAUGGAAAUUUCCCUUGUUCUA